UCUCUCUCUCUCUCUCUCAUCCCUCCCUCUCUUUCUGUCAUUGCAUCCAUUUUUUGUGCAUUUAAGAAAUCGCCAAGAAUUACCAAGCUGGAGGAAGGCGAGCUAAACAGAGAGGCAGAGGAGGGGGUAAAGGGACUCCAGAGGGAAGCUAUAACCAGGACGGACCGGGCAUCUUUUUAUUUAUUUAUUUAUUUAUUUAUUUAUUUAUUUUUACUCCAACAUGAGAGAGAAACCUCUCUAAAGGAUGGCAGCGAUGGGUUAGACAGGAUUCAACAUGACUGCAAAAUAAAAGCCAGUGUGUAAGAUGUCUGCUCCACACGGGCCCCGGGGCGGCCCUGCUGCAGCCGCCGCCGCCGCUCCCUCAGCGGCCGGCGCCAUGCCCGAGCUGCCGGACCUCAGCCACUUCACCGAGGAGGAGAGGAAAAUCAUCCUCGGUGUCAUGGAGCGGCAGAAGAAGGAGGAGGCGCAGGAACAGUCCAUGUUAAAGAAGUUACACCAGCAGUUUGAAUCGUAUAAGAACCAGGUCAAGAAGAUGGGGGACGAGACUAAGCCGGCUCAGGACCAGAAGAGCGACGCCCCGACGUGUGGAAUAUGUCACAAAACGAAGUUUGCCGACGGCUGUGGUCACCUCUGUUCAUAUUGCCAAACUAAAUUUUGUGCUCGGUGCGGAGGACGAGUGUCUCUUCGUUCAAAUAAGGUUAUGUGGGUAUGCAACUUGUGCCGAAAACAACAAGAAAUCCUCACCAAAUCAGGAGAGUGGUUCUACAGCUCGGGGCCGGGUCAAGUGCAUGGGGUGUUUGAAGGUGGACCACAGGGAAAAAAGGCCAAACUGCAGGACCAGUCCUUAUACCCCCACCAGGCAGCCUCAGGGGACUUGACAUCAGCCUCAGACAGAAGCAGACCUCACGGUGGGCUUCUGCCCAGACAGGCAUCCCUUGACAAUGGUACAGGGCUAAGGUACCUUGGGCCUGGUGAUGCAUCUAUAGACAGGAAACAAAGRCCAUCAMCAUCCAGGGAUCCAAAUCAAAAAUWCGACCAAAGGGAGGGGGGCGACCACCCACAGUAUGCCCCGACAGACGGCAGCAUGCCCAGAUCACCGUCGGACUAUGGGGAUGGGGACGCUCGGCGGGCUCCGCGGGGACCACACAUAUUCCCAAAUGUGGAUGCAAUAGAGAUGGGCUAUCGGGACCAUAGGGGUCCGAGCCGCUGGCACUCCCAAGAAUACCCACUUGACCAACAGCUAGAUGGACCACCGASUGAGUUUGACCUCCAGCGUCAGCGCCAGGAGGAGUUCCAGGCYCGAUACCGCAGCGAUCCCAACCUGGCACGCUAUCCUGUCAAGCCUCAGCCCUAUGAGGAGCAGAUGAGGAUGCACGCUGAAGUGGGCCGGCUAAGGCAUGAGCGUCGCCACAGUGAUGUCUCCCUGGCCUACACGGAGCAGGAUGACCCUGGUCCAAUUAGGCUGUCCCGUCAGCACCUCACAGAGCGCCGGCCGCCUAUGAUGGGACAGCGUUCAUACUCUGUUGACCGGUCCUCCCCAGGGCCCAUGGGCCCUGGAGGCCYCCGAACCUCAAACCACAGUCCCCCAACUCCUCAUCGAAGCCCYGUGCUGGGUGAUAGAUCAGGGGACCUUCGAAGAGGAGACCUAGGAGUCAUUGGAGAUGCCYUGAGGAGGCAGCAACACCAUUUGGACCCAAGUUCAGCUGUCCGCAAAACUAAAAGAGAGAAGAUGGAAAGUAUGUUAAGGAACGACUCUCUUAGCUCAGACCAGUCGGAGUCGGUGCGUCCCCCACCCCCCAAGCCCCACAAAACCAAAAAAGGAGGAAAGAUGAGGCAGGUGUCWCUAAGUAGCUCAGAGGAGGAGCUGGCCACCACACCAGAAUACACAAGCUGUGAAGAUGUGGAGAUCGAGAGCGAAUCAGUCAGUGAAAAAG